CUGCUGAUUCAGAGGUUAGGAAUUUGCAUCUGAUUGCUGUUUGUCAACCAAUGAUGUGACUGUGCGGGGCCGGACGGCCUCUCCUCCUCCUCCUCCUCCCUCUCGUUCCGUCUGUCUGUCUGGACGAUGCGGGCUCCAGGCAAACUGUGAAAUCACAAUCACACGCCAUAAGCCGAGUGCGUGGAUAUAUCAUGCAGUCACAUGAACCCACAUUAUUUCUAGUUGAUAAACGCACGCACCGCCUCUCCUCCUCCUCCUGCUCCUGCUCCUCGGCGUGUUUCUCCCCGGUUGUGAUCGAAGGGGCGACCGGCGGACUCGACGCAGGAAUGUUUCUUCCGGUUCCACAGAGCGUAUGAAGCGAACGGAAGCCUGUGUGGUCUUUGUAGUCUGUCAACCAACGCAUAUACUCCCACCUUUGCUUCCACUGCUUGUGCCUCAUUGAACGCUGUGCAACUCAGCUUGGCCGCCGGCUUUGGUUUCCCCCCGGCUGCAGGAAAAACCAUUGAGACAAGCGAGAGGCCUCUCGUGUCCAGAAGUGAAGCUAACCUCUGACUGCAUGUCUCAGAGCUCUGACCGACCCCUAUUCUCCUCCUCCUCCUCCUUCCACUUCUCCACAAGGACCCUCAUUUCCACUUAGCCAUUACCUGCAAACCUCCAGCCAGCUACUAGCUGCUUCAUCACAGGCACAGUUGUUGAUUUCACUCCCUGGGCAGAAGGUUCGACCACUGUCCCCUGACUGGCCCCCAACUGGUGCUCCUUCAGUGGGGGACGGAGAGGGAAGGAGAGCAGCUGAACGCCGCGCCACUUUCCCUGGAGAUGAAGCUGCAGGCUGUUAUGGAGAACCUGCACAGGCAGCAGAGGGCCAAGCUACUGAUGGAGCAGCAGCUACAGCAGCAAGCUGCUGGCCAACACAUUCAGGUGCGCACAGGUGGAGGAGGAGGGGACGAGCCGAUGGGUAUCCCGGCCCCUGAGGCCGAGCAGGCCCAGAUGGCAGCACUCGCAGCCAUGCGUGCUGCGGCGGCCGGUCUGCAGAGGGUGUCGGACAGCCCCAUGUCGGAGCGUAGCAGCGGCGGCGAGGAAGAAGUGGAUGAUGACGACAAUGAAGAAGGGGAGGAACAAUAUAAGGACAUGAUGGGGUCCGAUGAAGAGGAGCAGAUCAAACGGAAAUGGGACGAGGAGGACUUUGAAGGUGAGAUGGAAGAAGACUUCGACGAUGACCUGGGGGACGAAGGUCUGCCAACAGGCCACGACGCUGUGGCCCCAGGGAAAGGCAUCCUCCUGUUGCCCCACCGCCAGCUUCAUCCCCACUCGCAGCUCCUAAAGGCCCGCCCCAGCGUCGACCAGGAGCCCCGUGUAGCUAUCCUGCCUACCCACGCCACGCACAGUCACCUUGGCGGGCAGGACCACGGAGAUUGGACCUAUGAGGAGCAGUUCAGACAGCUGUAUGAACUGGAUGGAGACCCAAAGAGAAAAGAGUUUCUGGACAACCUCUUCAGCUUCAUGCAAAAAAGAGGAACCCCAGUGAAUCGUAUUCCCAUCAUGGCCAAACAGGUCUUGGAUCUGUACAUGCUCUACAGGCUGGUGACAGAGAAGGGCGGCCUGGUGGAGGUCAUCAACAAGAAGCUGUGGAGGGAGAUCACCAAGGGACUCAACCUGCCUACCUCAAUCACCAGUGCAGCCUUCACCCUCCGCACACAAUACAUGAAGUACCUGUACCCGUAUGAAUGUGAUAAGAGGGGUCUCAGCAACCCCAACGAGCUCCAGGCAGCCAUCGACAGUAAUCGGCGGGAGGGCCGACGACAGAGCUUUGGAAGCUCCCUCUUCACCUACUCUCCCAACGGGACGCCCACCAUGCUGUCCUCGCCAAAACUCCCUACGAGCAUGGGUGUGACAAUGGGCACCAACGGGGCCUCGCUGACUCCCAUCCAGAAGAUCAAGAAAGAGGAGGGAUGCCAGCCACUGCCGGGGAUCGGCAUGGCUCGUUUGCAAGCUGGGGCCUUGGCAGGUCACUCGGUGGCUGCUGUGCAGGCAGUGGCGGCCCAGGCGGCGAUGGCUGCUCAGAUGGCAGCUCUGGAGCAGCUGAGGGACAAACUGGAAGCCGGCGAGCCUCCGGAGAAGAAGAUGGCGCUGCAGCCGGAGGAUCACCACCGACUUCUGCAGAGAGCGCUGCAACAUAACCUGCUGGCCAUGACCGCCCAGAUACCCAUGAACAUUCGCAUCAACAACCAAGAUGGCAGACAGGACUCGGCCCUGAACCUCACCACCAAUGGCACAGGCAGCAUCAGCAUGUCAGUGGAGCUCAAUGGAGUGGUGUACACUGGCGUUCUUUUUGCUCAGGCAGCAGCGGGGUUGGCCUCAUCUGGUGUGUCCGGAUUGUCCGUCUCCAACGCGACCACCGGCGGUCGUAUUGCCCCUCAGCAGCAGCAGCAGAACACACCUACCUCAAACUCCAACAACCCGUUGUCUUAACAAAACCCCCUAAGCCUUUCCCCUCUACUCUUUUUUUUUUUAAACCACCAUGCUAAUUAAAGCCAAAAACCAACCUCAUUUUUUACAUCCUCUAUGCCAAAAAAGAGAAGACCCAUAAACCAUAAACCAUACAGAAAUACACAAACUGAACCUCAGAUCACUUGAAGUGCACUAUCUCAGGUUUUCUCUCACAAAACUCACCUCUUUUGUUCUUCGUAGCCAAAGUAGUUUUGGAAUGGAAAAAAAAAAUAUCCUAACUGAGAGUCAGUACAUGCUACACAAUGCACAACUUGUGAAUUAUUUAUUUCUGCAUAAAUGUACAGCUUAUCGGAGAACAAAAGAUAAGGUAAUAACCAGGAAGGGCAAUGCACUGUUUACACACACAAACACUGCUACUGACUGACAGUAAUGUUUUAUCCUCAAGGGGAGAGAUUUUUUUUUGUUCUUUUUGUUGUCAUUUUAUUAUCAUUAGUGUUCUUCUCUAUUGUGUUUUAUCCUUUAAAUCUCUAACAAUCCUCUCACUGCAGGAAAAAAAAAGUUAUAUAUUUAGAAUUCUAUAAAAAAGAAAAAAGAAAAUAUGAAUAUCCUCUAUUUUUAAUCAGAAAAGCUUUAAAGCUAUAUGUUGUUUCUUCAGGGCAUGUAUCAAUGUACCGCUGUGACCUCAUUUUAUGUAAAACCUUAUAACCUUAUUCACAUGGCAGCCAGUUUGGAUAUCUAUGUGGAAGAGCGUGUCUGGUGCAGGUCUGCACUCCUCUUGUGUACCGAGAUACAGUACACAUCAUAUCAGAUUCUCCAGGGAAGUUUGAAAAUGCCUGGAUCUCGAGAAUCUGCAAGGAUUUUGGUUGGCUCUGGAAUAUAUUUGGUCCAAUGUUGAUCUCUACCAGAGUUUAUGGAGUGGCUAUUUUGCUGCAAUGCCACGUCGCUGACGUCCCUGCUGAAUUCAUGUAGUUGUUGCGGUUGCUCUUCCUGAAACAGCUAUCCGAAUCCCUCACCUGUUUGUUGACAUAAGGCCAGUUCAAUACAUAUAUAUGCCAAUUAUGCAGGUACAUUAUUAUGUUUAGUGAUCAAAAUGGCUGUUUGUACGAAUAAGGUCCGUUGUGCAGGUUAGGAAAAUGAACUGAAGCCUUUCGUUAAAACGCUGGUCUUUUUGAGCCUAAGCGGCGUCCACACUGCGGCAGUUCCUGUCACCGUUUGGGGUUCAGCUUAUAUGUGAAUAUCACAUUUUCCAUUGUUCUCAGGUCUGCUCAUCGCUUUGUAUUAUAUAUCAUGCAGUCUUCUAUAACACCUGACGGAGUAAUGCUUUUCAACAUCUUUCUCUGCUGAAAGAUCAGUUUUUUAUCUUCGUCGGGACUUGGCCUCCUUGUGGAGUGAUUGUCUUCAGGUCAGAUGCAUGCACGUGUUGUUUGUAGGUAAAUGUCCGUCAGCAACCAGGAAAACUGUGAUUUCCUGUCUUGAAUCUACAGGAGUCGAGCGUCCACUGAAUCCUUGUUAUUGUGGAGACACUCACAUGGACAAUCAGGUGUCAGGAGACAUAAUCUGUGCUUCAGAAGAAAUUUAUCCUGACAAUUAUCUCAGCUCAUAUCUGAUGUUUUUUUCGUUCUUUUCUUGUAUCAUAGAUUACAAAUGCCCUUGCUCUUUGUUUCAGCUUUGUGUUUUUGCAUGACUUAGUGCUUAUCCUGAUCCAAGUGCUUCUUAUUCCCGUGCUGUGACGAGGAUGGGGUCCUCGAAACUAGCUCGCCAUCGAUAAUGCAGAGGAUGUCUCGUGAUCCUCUGACUGUUUUUACGAUGUUGCUUGAUUUGGGCUUUUGAUAAUUGUUUGAUCAGAGAUAAUCAUGGCUGUGGCUGAGCGCUUGCUUGUGUCUUAGUGUUUGCACAAACGCUCACUGCAGUUAGAUUUAUAGAAGGUUAAAUCUGCCACAGCUGAGACGCCAUGUCACCUCAUAAGUAGUUGUGUGUCUGCAUUUUGAAGUAGAUCAAUCAUUUAGCUUUUUGAACUUUAACCUAUGUUAUUUUCUCUGGGCCGUUGGCUGUUAAAGAUUGUUACUCAAUACCACCCAAAAACAAAACUGGUUCUCAUUGGUUUAGUUACAUUACUUAAUGAGACAGACAAACCACCGUUUCCGUCAUGUUUGAGGGCUAAGUUUAUGAACGUGACAAAAGAGGAACUCUGGUCAAAAUAGAAACCGAAACUUUGGAUACAAAUCACCAUCUGUUAGUUUUUGAUUCAAAGACGCUAACAAAUAUGGUUACUGACUCACUUAUUCACAUUUAUAAGGCCAGACCAGUGUAAUGCACAGCUGCAUGCGCCGCCUACAGGCAAGAAAUGUAACAACAACAGCAGCAGCAGCAGUCUGACCUGUAGAGGAAGGUAGUGUUGUCCUUACCACCUGCAGGCAAAGACACACAGUCUGUGUACUUGAGGUUUAACAUGCUGUCAGCUAAAAUAACUCACAAUCAGAGGCUGAAAAACGAAUAUUGUUUUGCACUUACCUGCAGUGGUUAUUAAAUAGAACUCAGCUUGCAGUUGUGCACCACAACCUUGUUUUUUUAACUAACUCUUUAACUCUUUUUCAUGCAAACCAGCCCCAGACAAGUGAGGUGUAAUUUGAAUUAUUCUACCAGUCAACAAGAACAUUUUGAAAGCUCCAGAGCAGCUACAGAGUGGACCUUGUUGUGAGAUCAUGUUUUGGUCUCAACAGAUUUGUUAAUUGCAGAUUAUACAGUGACACAAAGUGAGAACUUUAGUUCACUGUCUCGGUUGACUUAACAUGUCCUCGCCCUGGAACGCAGCUGCAACUGUAGCUCUUAUAUGCGGUGCACCUCGGUCUGGCUCGAAGUGCACCUGCACGUCUGAAACUGCUGCUGCUGUUGUUGUGAAUCAACACUGGUUCAUACAACCAGGUUACAGUGAAUGCUAAUGAAUGGAAAAACAGCAGGCCAGCCAGACGACUGAGGCCAGUUUGAUCUAUGAUCAUAUCUAUGCCAAGCAGGGAACCUAGAUGAAGGUUUCCUCCUCUCCUACCUUCUGCAUUUUGUCUCGGGGUAUCAGUCAAACGCUUAUUAAAAACAAUACCUCGCUGCUUCUGAGAACAGGUUUAACUCAAAACAAUGAAAUCAUUUUUAUUGUCUGAGAAGCAUUUGUGGAACUGAAACUCCAGUCCACAAUUACAGCUUUGCUAGUUGUUGUGCAGUGUGGCUCUGAAGUAAGCCAGCAGAUUAAUCCGACCUCAACUAUUUAUGAAAACAUAAAUAGCAAUUAUGCCAUUUUGACUCAUAUAAUGGAGCCUGAUGUCAAGAUUUACAAUCCCGUUUGAAAUAUCGAUUGGGGUCUCAGUGUAAAAUCCUUUCAGAGGAAGUCCAUGCAUUUCUAAACAUGUUAUACAGGCAGUGCUGUUCAGCAUUGACACAUUAUCCAAAGCAUUAGCAUUAUAUAUAUAUAUAUAUAAAAUGUCUAUGUGUAGUUUUUUUUUUAGAUUAGAUUUCAAUAUAUAUAUAUUGAAAUCUAAUCUAAAAAAAAACUGCACAUAGACAUUUUACUACAGUUCCUGUACAUUUGUACUUAUUAUCUAGUUUAGUCGAUUAAUCUUUAGUAAAAUAAAUUUAAAAUUUGUGAUAUAAAGGUGGAUUAACCAAUGAAAUCGCGGGAUUUCUAGGUCCUGUUUAUCAUCGGUUCCUUGUUUCUUUCCCGUAUGACAAAAAUAUUUAGCCAUCAUCUUAUUGAUAUGGCAUAACUAAGCUCUACUCAAGAUUUUUAAUUAAUUUGUCAAUUCCUCAAAACACCAAAAUUUGCUGCAAGCUAGCCCUAAUCAACCAGAGACCUGUAACUGCAGUUUAAUUUUACCUUUGACUUCUUCAUUUUUAUGAAUUUUCUAUGCAGUUCCCCCAAAAUAUAUUAGACAGAGUUAUAAUUUCUAUGGGAACGUAAGAUGUCAGAUAGUCAGAUUCUGGUUUUGAAUUCUAUUCAGACCAAAUAUGUGAUCGUUGAGCGUCUUUGGUCUUGGUUGGGCAACAUAGCCUCUGCAGUAAUGUUGGUGUGCACAUGCUGUGCUAAGCUAUAUUUACAAUAUAUGAAGCAUGACUACUGCGAAAAGACCCAGGGUGUACAACAAAGAAUUUUUAAAUUAAUUUUAAACUCACUAGUCACCUUUGUCAUUAUUCAUCCGUUCAAUCAGUAGCUACUGUAAAUGUCAUAUAUUACAAUAUAAAAGGCCAUAGAUGAUUACUUCUCUUCAUGUUUCUGUCUCUUCCUGAGCAGCAGACGUCACAGUUGCUGGUAAUGACUGACAAUCAGAUAAAGGCCUGUCCUUGCUGCAAGCUUUGGAUCGGGGGGGCCGCUACAGAAAGUAAAAUUCAAUCAAUCCAAAUCUAACGGAUCAACAUUCCUUCUUUAGAUUUGACCCUGUGACCCUAAAGGGCCUUGAGGCAACACUCGUGCACCUGCCCUCCUUCAAUAGAUCCAUUUUUAUUGCGUAUCUGUCCACCGGCUCUGUGGGAUAUUUGCAUUUGAAAAGCGGAGGUACUGCAGCUCUCUUUUCUCUCCCCUUCUCCCCCUCUCUGUGCACAGCGUCUUCCGGGGAAGGCUGGCAUGUAUUUAAUUGCAUUGUAGCGACAAUCAGGAGAUGCUAUGACAACACAGUAUACCUUCAAACACUCAGACAUCCCUUCGACCAGAACCAAGGCCCGUGUCUACCUCAAAGACUAAAAGCGUUUGGCAGAUUUCUUUGCUUCAGCCGUGACAGAGAAUCCUGUUGAAGGCUGAGUACAUGCAGAAAAAACAGUCAAGAUGUUGAUUUAUAGUUUGGUUUGACGAUGAAAGAGAUUGUAGAGACCACGGACAAUCACCUUCAAUCGAUUUUAGUAAUGUGAGGGGAAUCGUAGAUAUCAGGGGAAUCAGAUAUCAGUUUCCACCUUUGAAGUAAGAGCUCCCCUCAGUGGUAGUUUUCGUUGUAACGCACAAUCAGUUUAGAUUUUCCUAUGUAGAAAAACUUGGUUUGAUUGAAGGCUGUUUGAUCAUUUACGGCAAAAGAAUGACAUAUUUUGAGUGUUCAUGUCGUAAUUUUUUUCCAGUGUUUCCAGAGGUUUUGCGGCAUUCAGAUCAUCGUAGAACACUUUGUAUAAUCAGUUGAGUUGAGCUCUAAGGAUUCAUUCACAAACUGAAAACCCAAUCAGCAAACAAACCUAAAACGACAUGUCCCAUCUCUUUUCUUCUGUGGUCAGGCGGGUUCCAACGUAUCGGAGGGAGCUGAUAUCUGAUAUUUAAAGAAACAUUGGAACAGCGCAGUUGUGAAAACUGCGUCAGCCUCAACUCUGCUGUACUUCGUUUGAAACCCAAAGGUUGAUCCGAGUUUUUUUGCGGGGCAGAUUUUGGUUGUUUUUCUGAAUGCUACCAGCUGCACUGCGUCUGUAGCUGCUUACCCUAAUGUAACCUGCAGGUGGUUUUCAUUUUACAUCAGCACACGACUUUGCACCUGCAGUUCUUGGCUUUAUCUUUAUUUGUUACAUUACUGUCGUGUGGUAAUGCAGUUAAAAGCUUGGAUUGAUUUCAAAAGUCAGCUUGUUUGAUGCAUUCAGGGGCUAUUGUACAGAUCAGAACAGUGACUCAGCCAGACGAAUUCUCUUAAUGGGGAAACGCAUUUUGUUCGUCUUGGAGUUUGAUUUCUUGACAAUAUCAGUACUAAAUGUUCAGGAGUCGACCCUCAAAUCUCAGAUGUCAGAGCUUCUGAUCUGUCAGUGUCAUAACACAAGAACUUUCAAGUGCUUUCAUCUUGAAAUAUUGCUGCUUUAACUCCCCACCAGAGCUGUAGCUCAAAUUACCUCUUGAAAACUUACCAAGUCCAGAGCGUCUUGCAUGCAAAGUUGACUGCUGCUCCCACAUGGCUGCGUACGUGGACAUUUUUGCCAGAACAUUUACAGGUUAAGGUGUAUGUGGGUUCAGGGGCUUUCGGCUGGACUUCGCCACUGACUUUACCGCCAUCGGGUGGACUGUGGAGAAGGGACAAUGAUGAUGAUAAAAUAACAAGAUGCCUUCUGCUGUGACAAUUGUUGUAUGAAUUAAUUAACCUGUAUUACUCAGAUUCAUUAAAUAGAUUAUUGCUGAAAUGUGGCUUUUUAGGGCUCUGGAUUAUAUCAUGUUUAUAUUGUUUGUUUUGUUUUUGCUGUCUUUGCUUUUUUUUUUUUUUUUUAAUGCUGUAGCAACCCUGGCACACAAGAGAUUACAUUUAGAGCAGAUUUAUUAGCGAUAAUCAUGACGAUAAUAAUGUCAUUAUUUUAGGGGAAGCGUGUGAUUGUCAUGUGUGUGAGCGUGCAAGGCUGUUUGUGUGUGUGUGUGUGUGUGUGUGCGUGCGUGCGCGUGCGUGCGUGCGUGCGUGCGUUCGUGCGUGUGCGCAUUGGCUUUGUGUGUCUUUGCGUCAGCUUCAGAAAUGAAACAAGGCUCUGUCUUUUUGUCUCUUACAACUUCUCAGGAAAAUCUACCUCUGCCCCAGUUUGAUGCAUUUAACCCAGUGAGGGCUCCAGUUACAGUCUAGUUGGGUACACAAAGAGGACACGAGGACGACCACCAGGGUCCCAAAUGAACCAUCACACACCAGUAUACCAGUUUACAAGAUUAGAUAUGAGUACAGUUGCCUGAUUAUACACAGUUGAUUGUAUUGCAAAGAAACACUGGUGUGGUGUAUUUAUAACAUUAAAUUUCAAAUAUAUGAAUGAAUAUCCUCAGCAGAUAUUUUUUCACCCUGGUAUAUGUGAACUCGGUUCAUUUUGGACACCGAGGUGGUUUCUCUGUCUCUCUGCUUCUCUCUGUGUCACAGGUUUGUAACACUUUGGCUGUUCAGUUCAUUUAAGCACCAACAACAGGGAACCUCCAGUUCAACAGCUUAAUACUACUAGUACUAGAAACAAGUACUGGUUCUAGUACCACUGUUAGUACUUCAAGUCAUUAUUCAUUCUGUUCUAUUAAUGUGUGUUUAUUCCUCCUUUUUCUACAAUUGAUUACUUUUAUUUUCUUUUUUUUUGAUGAAUGGGAUGUUUCCUGGUAACCACGGUAACAGUGGAGUGGCUGUGAGCAAUGCAACUGUUUUUUCUUUUUGUUUUUGAAGGGUGAAGAGCUAUUCUUCUACACAUAUAUUUACGCAAUAUGUGUUUGUGUGAAUACUUUUAUUUUGAAUCUGAAAUUAAUAAAAUAUCACCUUUCUCAAAUGUCAAAA